AUGCCUGCAACUCGAACUCUGGUGUACCGUAGCUUCGUCCAGGCGACAUGGCUAAGUGGACUCUCACCGCCGCCGGGCAUGCGCGCUGUCGCCAACGGCUCUGGGUCGUCUCUGCACUCUUCCUCUUUUCCCAGCCCCUCCGGCGGACGAAACCUGCAUCGCGAGAGCGUGCGCGACGGAGGCGACGGGCACCGACAAGCUGCGGCACACUCCGCGAACGAGCUUACUCUUCCUUCGCCUCUGCAACUCAGACAGUGGCUCGCCGAUCGCUUACGGAAGGCAAUCUCCAUCGCAAUGGGUGGCAGGGAAAUGCGUGAUGAUAUCUCCAUAGUGGUGACCGAAGCUGUCGCGCAUGCGCGCUCAAUCUUUGACUUUCAGUCGAGUGCGGCGAUCUCGCUCGCGGGCAAGGGCGGAGGCUCUCAGAGCGCUGAGGACAUCGCGCAGGGCCUCUUGAACAACUUAGAGGUUGAGCGGCCCCUCACCGAGCGCGUCGUCGCACUGACCGCCGUGAGCGAGCGCGGGUUCAUCAACUUCCGCUUAUCGAACAGCUAUCUGGCUGCGCAGCUCAAGUACAUGUUUCUCACCCCGCCCCAGAACAGCUGCCUCGGAUUCGAAAAAGUGAAGCAGCCUCAGCGCAUUGUCAUCGACUACGCCAGCCCCAAUAUCUGUAAAGAUCUCCACGUCGGUCACCUUCGCUCGGCGGUCGUGGGCGACGCCCUAGCCAACAUGUUGGAGUUCGCGGGGAAUGUUGUGCAUCGCCAGAACCACCUCGGCGACUUCGGCUGGCCAGCGGCCCUUGUGCUGGGUGCGCUCGAGGACACCGAUCUGAAGACGCGCGCGGAGACUCAGGCGCUGGCUCGCGCGCUGGCGGCGGCAGCCGAUGAGGAUGCGCGCGGGGAGGCGGAGGCAUCUGAGAAGGAAAGCGAGCAGCCACCGCGCGCGAGAGAAGAACAAGGGGGGCCACAGCGCGGGGAGAGAGAAGGAACUGCCGAGAGGGGAGCGGGAGAGGCGCGUGAGGGACACCUCCAGCAGGAGGAAAACCGAAGCCGCGAAGGCGAUGAAGGGGACGGCGAAAACCCGCCGAUGUCGGCUGUCAACUGGACUGAGAUUUACCAGGCGGCGAAGGAGAAGGCCCAGAGUGACCCCGCUUUCAAGCAGCUGUGUGAGGAGCUGCUGCGUCGCCUUCAGACUGGCGACGAGACUUCAGAGAUUCGUCAGCAAUGGCGUUUGCUCCGGAAGUUGUCUCUCGAGAGAUUCGAGUCGACCUACCGGCUACUCGGGCUGCGGCAUCAGGAGGUGCGCGGCGAGUCUUUCUAUGCCUUUCUCGUCCCCGAAGUCUUCCGCCUGCUCUCCUCUUAUUCGCGUCUCCGCGCUCUGGCCUCCGGGGCCCUCGGGGGUGUCGUCGACGCCGAGGCCGUAGCGCAGCUCCCUCGAGACGCCACGGAAGCGGCCACCUCGCGCAAAGCCUGCGAAUCGCCACGAGAUGGAGGCUGUAAACAGCGAGCGAGGACGCCGCGUGAGAUCGCUGCACACGCCAACGAGCGGCGAGAGCGAACCCCCGAAGGCAGAGUGGGCACAGAGACAGAGAGCGGAGCGAACGACCCGGAGCGCAGCAACGAGACGAAAGGGACGGGAGGUUCAGGCGACGAGAACGAGGUAGACUUGCAUGAUGGAGAGGCCGAAAGGCCUGGACAAGGCGCGGACGCGCCAGCGACUGAAGGCGUCGUGGUGCUGAAGAAGCCAACGGGGGCUUUAACGUCAAACACUCUGAAGGCAGCCCGGAUCCUGUACGUGGUCGACCGCGCUCAGGCGGCGCACUUCCGUCGCGUGUUUUCGCUCGCUCGCUCUGCUGGCUUAGCUUCAAGAGACGCAGCAGCUCCUCUGGCGGGCCGCCUUUCCGCGAGCUGCGACGUGCGCGAGGAAGCUGAAAGGGUCUUCUCGUGCGCGCUCGACGACGGGAUCCGGGGGACGACGGGCGCACAUCUGAGGCCGGGGGGCGACCGGCCGCCGGGCGAAGAAACCCGGGCGCAGCAACAAACGUCGUGUGUUCAGCGCGAGAGCGAAGCAAUCCAUGGAGGCACACAGGAAACCCAGCUCGAGCACGUCGCCCUCGGGCUCGUCAAGAAUGCGGAAGGGUUGAAAAUGAAGUCGAGAGAAGGACAGGCGCCUCAGCUCGACGAGCUCGUCGUGGAGGCCGUUCGACAGGCUGACGAAGAGCUCAGCCGACGCAUAGACAACUGCAUGCAGACGACGGCGCACAGCAAGGACCGUGAGGCGCAGCGCGCAAGGGCACGUAUCCUUGGUGUCGCGGCAGUAAAGUACGCGGAGCUGAGCACUCGACGCGAUGCUGAUUACGUCUACUCGCCUGCAAAGAUGCUCAGCCAAAAAGGCAACACGGCGCCGUAUAUUCUCUACUCGCUUGUUCGCGUCCGGGGCAUUUUGCGGCGAGCCGGUUGGGACGACGGUCCGCCUCCCGAAGUCCACGAGAGUAGGCUCCUGAUGUUCGCUAUGGCCCUGGAAGACGCGGUCGAGGCGCUGAUCCCUAGCAAGUUGACGGCCUACCUUUAUUCGCUCUGUCUUGUUUUCAACGCCUUCUACGAGAAAUGCCAAGUCACAGCGGCGGCGGACGAAGGCCUCCGAACAACGCGGCUUCUGCUCGUCUACGGAGUGCGGCGGAUUCUCGAGAAAACUCUGAACCUCCUCGGCAUCCAGGCUGUGGACACGCUGUAG